AUGGCGCAUAGGAUACUCAGAGAUCACGACGCUGAUGGAUGGGAACGCUCUGAUUUCCCAAUCAUCUGCGAGUCUUGUCUCGGUGACAAUCCUUACGUUCGAAUGACAAAGGCGGAUUAUGAUAAGGAGUGCAAGAUCUGUACCCGACCAUUCACGGUUUUCAGGUGGAGACCAGGCCGUGAUGCAAGAUACAAGAAGACCGAGGUCUGUCAGACAUGCUGCAAGCUGAAGAAUGUGUGCCAAGUCUGUCUCUUGGAUCUUGAGUAUGGUCUUCCAGUUCAGGUCAGAGACACGGCGCUCAACAUCAGUACUCAUGACUCUAUACCCAAAAGCGAUGUCAACAGGGAGUUCUUUGCUGAAGAGCAUGAUCGAAAGACGAGAGCUGGGCUAGACUAUGAAUCCUCUUUUGGGAAGAUUCGGCCUAACGAUACCAUACGUAUGCUUCAAAGGACAACGCCGUACUACAAAAGGAACAGAGCGCAUAUUUGUAGUUUCUUCAUUAGGGGAGAGUGUACAAGAGGUGCCGAGUGUCCUUACCGGCAUGAGAUGCCCGAAACAGGAGAGUUAUCUCAGCAGAACAUAAAAGACCGUUACUAUGGUGUGAACGAUCCAGUAGCGUUGAAGUUGCUCGGAAAAGCUGGUGAGAUGGGCACUUUGGAAUCACCAGAGGAUCAAAGCAUCAAAACGCUUUACGUUGGUGGGCUAAACUCUCGAGUCCUUGAGCAAGACAUACGAGACCAAUUCUACGCCUUUGGAGAAAUCGAAUCCAUCAGAAUCUUGGCUGAGAAAGCGUGUGCGUUUGUCACCUACACAACCCGAGAAGGAGCAGAGAAAGCUGCGGAAGAGCUCAGCAACAGGCUAGUUGUCAACGGCCAGAGGCUUAAACUCACUUGGGGAAGACCACAAGUUCCCAGAACCGAUCCAGAUGGCGGAGGAUCACAGCAACUUGGUGGUGCCUCUCACAGUGGAUUGCUGCCUCGAGCCGUGAUAUCUCAGCAGCAUAACCAACCUCCACAGAUGCAGCAGUACUAUAUGCACCCACCACCACCACAAACUCCACAUCAAGACAGACCUUUUUACCCAUCAAUGGAUCCUCAGAGAAUGGGUGCAGUCAUUUCUUCGUCCCAAGACAGCGGUUCGAGCACCGGUAGUGACAACAGAGGAGCUUCUUCUUCUUCUUACCCGAUGCAGCCACAUGGCCAGUAUCCGAACCAGCCGUACCCGCCACAGGCAUACGGAGGAUAUAUGCAGCCACCGUACCAGCAGUAUCCUCCUCCUUACCACCAUGCCCCACCACAAGCUGCUCAUCCUUACCCGCAACAACCGGGCUCCGGUUCGGGUUCAAGGCCUAAUCCUCCUCCUCCUUCAAGCUCAGUCUCUGCUCCACCACCCGAGUCUGCUUCUGGAGCGCCUUCAGGAUCCUCUCAGCCAUCUUCUGGUGCCGCUGAUACUGGCUUGUCUCAAUAG